GUCGCCGCGGAAAUCGAGUAGGGGGAAGACCUAGAGCCAGUGCGAACAAUCAACAGAUUUCAAAUUAUAUACCGCUCGUUAAACCAACUGCCGGGUCGAUUUCCGCUCCGAAGAGGCCAUGGACACCGACCAAUUCCGCGACGUCGGCAAGGAGAUGAUCGACUACAUCUGCAACUACCUGGAGAACAUCGGCGAGCGCCGCGUGACGCCCAACAUCGAGCCCGGCUACCUCAAGAAGCAGCUGCCGCUGGAGGCGCCCCACGACCCGGAGGACUGGGCCCAGAUCAUGGCGGACGUCGAGAGCAAGAUCAUGCCGGGCGUCACGCACUGGCAACACCCCCGGUUCCACGCGUACUUCCCCAGCGGGAACUCCUUCCCGUCCAUACUCGGCGAUUUGCUCUCCGCUGGCAUCGGCUGCAUCGGGUUCUCUUGGGCGGCCAGUCCGGCUUUAACUGAACUCGAAACUAUAGUCCUCGAUUGGUUAGGCAAAGCCAUCGGUCUACCGGACCAAUUUCUGGCGUUCAAAGAGGGCAGUCGAGGCGGAGGCGUCAUACAAACUUCGGCUAGCGAAUGCGUGCUGGUGUCGAUGCUGGCUGCGAGGGCGCAGGCCAUCAAGAGGCUGAAGCAGCAGCACCCCUUCGUCGAGGAGGGGCUGUUGUUGUCCAAGCUGAUGGCCUACUGCUCCAGGGAGGCGCACUCCUGCGUCGAGAAGGCCGCCAUGAUAUGCUUCGUGAAGCUGCGGAUCCUCGAGCCCGACGAGAAGUCCUCGUUGAGGGGGAAGACUCUGUUGAUGGCGAUGGAGGAGGACGAAACGAUGGGCCUGAUCCCGUUCUUCGUAUCGACCACGCUGGGCACGACCUCCUGCUGCGCCUUCGACAACCUGGAGGAGAUCGGCCAGGUGUGCCGGAAGUUCCCGUGCGUGUGGCUGCACGUCGACGCCGCCUACGCCGGCGGCUCGUUCAUCUGCCCCGAGCUCAAGUACCUGCUCAAGGGCAUCGAGUACGCCGACUCGUUCAACACCAACCCCAACAAGUGGCUGUUGACCAACUUCGACUGUUCGACCUACUGGGUGCGCGACCGCAUCCGGCUCACCUCGGCGCUGGUGGUCGAUCCGCUCUACCUGCAGCACGGCUACUCGGACGCCACCAUCGACUACAGGCACUGGGGCGUGCCGCUCAGCCGCCGCUUCAGAUCGCUGAAGAUCUGGUUCGUGCUGCGCACCUACGGGAUAUCCGGCCUGCAGAGGUACAUCCGGAACCACAUCAGCCUGGCGCACCGGUUCGAGGAGCACGUCGUUAGGGACAGGCGCUUCGAGAUUUGCAACGAAGUCAAAUUAGGGCUGGUCUGCUUCCGGCUGAAGGGCGGCGACAAGCUGAACGAGAAACUGCUGAGCAACAUCAACGCUUCGGGGAAGCUGCACAUGGUUCCUUCGAAUGUCAAUGAUAAAUAUGUGAUAAGGUUCUGCGUGGUCGCCACCGAUGCCGAUGAAGAAGAUAUAGACUACGCCUGGGAAGUCAUAAAAGAAUUCGCCGAGGAAUUAUUGGAGGCGCAAUCGGCCGACAAGGAAAGGGAGUUCCAAGACGAGGUGUUCGACUUGCUCGAGAGGAAGAAGAAGGAAACGCUGGCCCACAAGCGCAGCUUCUUCGUGCGGAUGGUGAGCGAUCCGAAGAUCUACAACCCUUCCAUAGCCAAGUCGCUGCCGUCCACCAGGAGGCACCUGACGGAGCAGGCCGAUUCGCCCCUUUCGCCCGACGGGAACAUCACCGUGCAACCGCCUUCGUCACGUCCGAGAAACUUGCAUUCGCUUCAAAGAAGUUCAUCCUGGAUCAGCUGGCCUUUGGCUUUCCUAUUUCAAGGCAUAACCGACGACGGCGCCUCUGGAAACCUGCCAAUUAGAUUUAGGCAUUUGGACACCAAAGUUCGCCUGAAGGCCACCGGGAAAUCCGGCAACGCGGCGUCCCCGUCCGUUUCCCCCGACGGGGAGAACUCCCGCUCGCCCAAACGCUCUCCGGUUUCGUCCAGGAGAUCUUCACCGUCGGGCACUUCUUAG